AUGAAGACCUUCUGGAAGCCAUCCGUCAUGGAAAAGCAGCCCAGCAACGGCAACAGCGCUCCCGGGGAGAUACGUGAGGUCAAUGAUCUCAAACUCCAACGCGAACCAUCUAUCGUGCGAGAUGUCGAUAUUGGCCAUAUGCUCGAGGUUGAUGCGACGCCAGAACAAGAAAGAAAAGUUCUAUGGAAGCUAGAUAUGAUAUUGAUCCCACUGAUGGGAGUCUGCUAUAUGAUGCAGUACAUGGACAAGUUGGCUCUGAGCCAAGCCACUUUAUUCAAUCUGCGCGAGGAUCUGAACAUGAAAGGCACCGAAUAUACCUGGACCUCUGCCAUCUUCUAUUUUGGAUAUUUCGCGUGGAGUUGGCCUAGUUCUUAUCUGAUCGUGCGCCUACCGAUCGGAAAAUACCUGAGUGUCUCGGUGUUUCUAUGGGGCGGUUUUCUGCUCUGUCACGCCGCAGCGAAGAACUUCGCAGGCCUGAUGGCUGCCCGGUUUUUCCUGGGAGUAGGCGAGGCUGCGAUAGCUCCUGGCUUCUCCCUUAUCACUGGAAUGUUCUACAAGCGAGAAGAACAGCCAUUACGACAAUCCGCUUGGUUUCUCGGAAACUGCAUUUCGACAGUCAUUGGUGGCGUCGUCGCCUACGGAAUCGGCAACAUCGAAAUUCACACUAUCGCCAGCUGGCAACUCCUCUUCCUCUUCCUCGGUGCUAUCACCGCGGGAAUCUCGUUCUUCCUGGUCGUCUUUCUCCCGGACUCGCCUAAGAAUGCGAUUUUCCUGACAAAAACCGAGCGCGCCAUCGCAUUGCAACGUACCCUCAAGAACAAAACAGGCGUCAUGGACGCAGGAUCAUUUAAAUGGAGUCAGGCAUGGUUGGCUAUUCGAGACCCCCAGACUUGGAUCUUGGUUCUCUAUACAUUCUGCGUGAACUUGUCCAAUGGCGGCAUCACCAGCUUCUCCUCAAUCAUUAUCAACGGCUUCGGUUUCUCCCAAAUAAGAUCACUGCUGAUGCAAAUGCCCCUCGGAGCCGCCCAAGUCGUCUUUCUGACCUUUACCGCCACCUUCGCAACCUUCGUCCCGAAUACCCGAAUCCUCAUGAUGAUGCUCAACACGACCGUCUCGAUGAUCGGCAUGAUCCUUGUGUGGAAGCUGGACGAUGAUAAUCAGAAGGGUCGCUUAACAGGCCUCUCCCUGGGUGCUGUCUUUGCCGUCAACAUCCCACUCUCCUUGAGUAUCAUCAGUUCGAAUGUCGCUGGAUUCACGAAACGAAGCACAACGAGUGCCUUGCUUUUCGUGGCCUACUGUGUGGGCAAUAUCGUCGGCCCUCAGUUCUUCGUGGAGAGCGAGGAACCCCAUUAUCCGACGGGCAUGAAAGCCGCUAUUUCGGGCCUUGCGCUGGGCACGUUUUUCCUCAUCUGCUUGCUGGUUUAUUAUAUUUUUGAGAACCGGAGACGAGAUGCCACGUACGGUCCUCCGACCGAACUGAGUGAGAGUGAGGAGCUGGCGCAGGGGUUGUCGAAUAAAACGGAUACAGAGAUUGAGAGUUUUAGGUAUCUUAUAUAG